CACAAACUGUCACUGUGUUCGUGACUAAGAAAAAUAAAUAAACGCAAAUUUCACGAAUAUUGACAUGGUCCAAGUCCAUAACUUUGCAAGAGAAAACAGAUUGUCCUUGUAAAUUUCUGAUUCGAAUAAUAAUUUGAAGGAAAUGAUCUCUAAUUUGAUGGAUCGUAGUCAAACAUAUCAUCUACCUCGUUUGAUUUUCUGUUAAUUCGCUGAAUCAUCUUUGAAAAUGUAUUUGUGUAAAAUAGGGUAGAAAUUUCUUAUCGUUUACGUCAGUUCUCUACCAGAAAUAUUUGAUAACUCAUAUGUGAGUCAGUUGUUGCUUUGGCUGAAUAUAGCAAAAGUUCAAUCGUAAGAAUUAAAUGGCCAGAUGUAUAAUAAUAAAACGCUAUAACGAAGCGCAGAAUGAAGGUUUGCUGAACUUCUGGCUGAAAUCUUAAAUUCAAUGUUUUCCCUGUCGUCCAAAAUUAUACUUAUUAGUUUUACUCCUAUUUUUGCCUGAAAAAAUAGGUAAAUGUUUACCAUGGAGGCAGCUGUUGGUGUUAUCAUGAGGGUGCCUGGUCUUUUUAUAAUAGACUAUUGGUGGCAACAUGAUAGAUCAAAGUCAUUUCCUCAUUCUGUCGAACUUGGCCAAAUUUUGGACUGUGUUAUCAUCAAUUUGGUUCUUUUACAUGGGUUUCUUUUGUUGCUGCUGCCUUUGAGACAUGUUCAAGCAUUAUAUUCCCAUUUCGUUAGUGGUGUGAUAAUAAUAAGUUGCCAUGCUGUAUCCAGUGUAUACAUUGAAACUGAAAGCAACAGGAUUGAAAACAAGGAAGAGGAUCCAUACUUUUUAAGGAGACAAUUGGUGACAAUAGGAUUUCAUUGUUUUAUGGGUGGAUUAAUUGCAUACUUGUUGAAAGGCCCAAGGCUCUUUAUUCCACCAAUAGUUCUUGUGUAUGCUCUUCCAGUUAUUGCAUGUCUUGGAAACUUGCCAAUAAAUACUCUUCCUUUCUUCCAUAAUUUUGGUACUGCUGUAACUGGAUUUAAUGUCUUUCUGUAUAUAACGUACCAAAUUCCAACCAUUGUUGAUUGUGCCAAACUAGCUUAUUUAGAUGCAGUUACAGUGACAGAAACCUUUGGACUUGGUAGAUUAUUCAUUAUUUUGUGGAAUAAACUGUUUGUACCUACUCAUUUUGCGCUAUUUUGGCUGAUCGAAUUUUUUGUAAAGCUUAUUGGUACAAUGUACCAAAUGGACAGGAUGGCUUGGAGUAAUGAAUGGUAUCUAAUAAUACUAACUACCAUUAGUUCAAUUUGUGCCAGUCCAGUCACACUUGUUGCCACUUCUGUGAGUGUAUCAUAUUUAUCUUUCUUUAUAUUGUGUUCAACCAGGGCAUACCUCCAAGGAUACUCCGCCUUUUUCCAUGAUAAUCCAAUGCACAGUGGCUGGACUGAAGGCCUAACUCUAAUGCUGCUUUCUUUUCAAACUGGAUUAAUAGAAAUGAAAAUGCGUGCAAGAAUGGCUGUCUUGACAAUAAUAUUGUUUAUUGUUCUCUCUUCUUUACUUCAAUCAAUGCUAGAAAUUGCCGAACCUGUUGUGUUGGGCCUCAGUGCUUCCCGAAGCCGUAGCCUUUGGCGCCAUUUUCGAGCACUUAGUUUGUGUUUUGCUCUUUUAAUUUUCCCCCUUUAUCUCACUAAGGUUCUAUCGGCAGUAUUUCCGAUUGAUUUCUGGAUGAUGGUUGUUUUAUCCAGUUGCACUUUAACUUCUGUACAAGUGCUUGAUUUACUUGUUGUACAUUCUCUGUUUCUUUAUGAUUCUGCAAGAUAUGAACCAUGGGAAAAUUUAGAUGAUAUAGUUUACUACACACGUGCAGUAACCAAAGUACUUGAGUUUUUUGUUGCAAUAUUUGUUGUGGGUAUGGGUCUUUGGGAAUCCACCUCCGGAAAAUGGAAUUGGAUUAAUGCUUCCAUCUUGCUCAUUCAUUGUUAUUUUAAUGUUUGGCAACGCCUUCAGACUGGAUGGAAAAGCUUUUUGCUGAGAAGAGAAGCUUCCAAGAAGGCAAAAUCUUUACCGUCUGCUACAAGUGAACAACUUACUCUUCUUGAUGAUGUCUGUUCCAUUUGUUUUGGAAUUAUGACUGCUGCCUGUGUUACUCCUUGUCAGCAUUAUUUUCACAGGACAUGCUUAAGAAAAUGGCUUUAUGUCCAAGAUAAAUGCCCACUUUGCCACAGUGUAGUUACACUAUCUUCUUCUCCUAAGGAAAACUCUGAAUCUGCCCAAAAUCCUGUGGUAUUAAACGAUCCUCAACAAAAUGAUAUAGCUGCAGCUCAAUGAGCUUCCAUUACUCAAAAUAUAUAUUUUAAGCAAUCUGUAAAUAGGAAUAUACUAAAUAUUUCAAAUCUAACUUCAUGUAGUGUGUUAAAAUAUGUUGUUUAUUUUAUUGAAAUAUUCUGAUUUUUUGUAAAUACUCAUUUUUAUCCUUACUUAUACAUAGAUAUUCUAGCUUCAAACGUAUGUCUGAAUCUAAAAAAUAUUUUUGUAAUUUUAAAGUAACUGACAAAUUAUAUUGAGUUUAAUCAUAAUUUGUGUAUCUAAAACAUUUCAUCUAUGUUGUAAAUUUUCUCAUAUCUGUUAGUUAAUUGUUAUAAAUUUAUGUAAAAGUUUUGAUGUUCAUUUUAAAAAGAUUUUAACUGUCAUUAAAAUUUCAAUUUAUAUGGA